ACGCGGUGGAUGCUGGGCGUGAGGCUCGCCACUCUCAAGAUGGCGGCGCUGAGGGUAGCGGCGGCGGCCAGCGGGCGUACUCUCCUCCACACGCGGCACAAGCCCUUCCAUUGCUGCAGGGCCAGGAUGUCCUUUGCAAAUUUGUCCCGUGGGAAAAAGAUAGCGCUGUCCACGUUAGGGGUGCUUGCUGCUGGGGGCGGUGCACUUGCAAUCACCUUGCAUCGCUCUGUGUAUGCAGAUCUGGAGCUGCAUCCUCCCAGCUACCCCUGGAGUCACAGUGGCUUUUUGUCUGCACUGGACCAUGCCAGUGUUCGCCGUGGUUAUCAGGUGUACAAGCAGGUGUGUGCGGCCUGUCACAGCAUGGAGUACCUGGCCUUCCGGAACCUGGUUGGAGUGACUCACACAGAGGAUGAGGCAAAGGCCCUAGCAGAGGAGAUUGAAGUGUUGGAUGGUCCAGAUGAGAACGGAGAAAUGUUCACCCGCCCUGGCAAGCUCUCCGAUUACUUCCCUCAACCAUACCCAAAUUCAGAGGCAGCGAGAGCAGCAAAUAACGGCGCUCUACCUCCUGAUCUCAGUUACAUCGCAAAUGCCAGACAUGGCGGUGAGGAUUACAUCUUCACCCUCCUCACUGGAUACUGCGACCCUCCUGCUGGCAUAACUCUUCGAGAAGGCCUCUACUACAACCCCUACUUUCCUGGCGAGGCAAUUGGAAUGGCCCCUCCUAUUUAUGAUGAAGCUGUUGAAUUUGAGGAUGGGACUCCAGCAACAAUGAGUCAGAUUGCCAAGGACGUGUGCACCUUCCUGCGCUGGAGCUCUGAACCCGAACACGACCAGCGGAAACGCAUGGGUUUGAAGGCGCUAAUGUUUUCAGCUCUGCUUUUCCCACUUCUGUACUACAUGAAGAAGCACCGAUGGUCUGUUUUAAAAAGCCGAAAGAUCGCCUACAAACCUCCUCAAUAACCUCUGGAACCAGGGAUACUUCAACUCCAGUAAUACCUGAUCAUUACAUUCUCCGUCAAUAUGGAUGUGGUCUGGACUUCACUUCAAGGGCAGGCGGGUGGGGAGAAACAAAAUAAUAUGAACGGUUUCAGAUCAAUGGGUGAUCAGAUGGGCCGUGGGUCUGUUGGAAGCUUCUGAGAAUAGCGGGUUAGUUGCUGACUGUGACUAAGUGGAUGAUCCACAGACGGAUUGCUGCAUGACCCUGGUCUGUCUUCAGUAUUUGUAAAGGGGGGUUUUGAAAUAAACUUGGAACAACAGCAGCUUCAAUCAUGGUGCAUGUUGUCCUAUCUGUAUGAAUUACCAAAUAUAACCCAACGGUGACCUCUUGCCUUUUGGAUAUUAAAUUGAUCUCAAAUGAUAUAAGAGGUUCCAGGCCCCUUCUUAAUAAAUCUGGACACCAUGGAGGAGUGGUUUUGAAGGUGGGGUAAAGAGACUGAUGUUUUGCUGAGGCUCUAUGUUGCUCAGAUCUGCAGAAUCUCAGCAGUGGAUUGCUGAGGAAGGUGCAGGGAGCUGGUGGGAUCUGUUUGUCAUUUUAAGUUCACCUUCAUCAGAAUGUUUUAUGUGAUGUGGGUCUGGCCCAGCCGUGAGUUGAAGAUUCCCUUUGUUAACUCAUAAUGGCGUUGUGUAAAUAUUUACGGCUUGAUGUUUAAUAAAUUCUAAGCUGGAGACCUGU